AUGCCUCCUUCCUCCUCCUCUCCUCCUCCUCCUCCUCUCCUCCUCCUCCUCCUCCUCCUCCUCCUCCUCCUUCCCUCCUCCUCCUCUCCUCCUCCUCCUCCUCCUCCUCACCCUCCUCCUCCUCCUCCUCCUUCCUCCUCCUUCUCCUCCUCCCUCCUCCUCUCCUCCUCCUCCUCCUCCUCCUCCUCCUCCUCCUCCUCCUCCUCCUCCUCCUCCUCCUCCUCCGCCUGCCCACCGGAGUCAGCCUUGGGGUGGACGACGGGGUCGGGCGGCGCUAGCCUAGCCCGAGGAUGUGUCCGUUCUAGAGCGUUCCGGAGCGCUCUCAGAAGGCCGCGGCGCCCGAGACAUCCUCCAGAGCCGCCGGACCUCAGAGAUUCUCGGUGCAUCUUCGCCCGAUGUUCUCCUCGUCCUGGCCUCGUCCCGCAGGGGGCGAGGAGAGCACUUUAUGACCGGUGGCCCCACGUGGGGUCGGCGAGUUACCCGUUCAAGCCCCCGAAGGUCCACUUCACGACGAAGAUUUACCACUGCAACGUCAACUCCAACGGUGCCAUCUGCCUCGACAUCCUGAAGGACCAGUGGAGCCCAGCGCUGACCAUAUCGAAGGUGCUGCUCUCCAUCUCGUCGCUCCUCACGGACCCGAACCCGAACGACCCCCUGGUGCCGGAGAUCGCCCAGAUGUACCUGAAGGACCGCGCGAAGCACGACCAGACGGCCCGCGAGUGGGUGCAGAAGUACGCCACCUGAGGGGCCUAGCACGCCAGCUUCCGCGGCGCCCGGGCCCCGCGCGGGCGGUCCCGGGUGCAGGUCGUGGGCAGCUGGCGGCGCGCACCAGAGGGGGUCGAGGCUGGGUCGUGGGACGCCUCUCGGUGGCGACGGCACGGGGCGAACGGCCCGGGGGCGAGCACUACACGCAUUCGCCGAGGGGCCUCGCCGAGGAGCAUCGGCUUCUGGAUGCGUGUGCUGCCAUGUGUUGUCCUCCCUGGGGUCAUUCGCCCUGCCGUCGCCUCCGAGCCUCUGCCGUCCUCGGCGCGCUGCUGGGGUCCUCUGGGGGCCUCCGGGGGGCCGUCUGGAGCCUCGGGGGGGCCCCUCCUGCCCGCGGGGAGCUCCUCCCAGGAGCCUUUGGGGGGGGGCGGGGCUCUUCUCGGCCCGCCUCGGCGAGGGCCCCCCCGCCUUCCAGAGAGAGGGUUUGCCCCCCCCCCCCCCCCUCCCCCUCUCGCUCCCCCUCGCUGCGUGCCUCGCCUUCGCCAUAUG